UUUCUGGAGAGGCUCCUCAGCAGCCUGUUGCGUCGCGCAAAAGCGNGCAACGUUUUCGAGAAGCGACUGAUCGAAUCAUACAUUUCCGAGAACGGUACAGAUCCGGUUACUGGAGAGGAUCUUACUGUCGAGGAUCUGGUCGAGCUCAAGCAAGCUCGCGUCGUUCGCCCUAGACCCCCGACCUUGACUUCGAUUCCCGCCCUCCUUUCUACUUUCCAGAACGAAUGGGACGCCCUCAUUCUCGAAACCUAUCAGCUCAAGCAGCAGCUGGCCGAGACGCGCCAAGAGCUCAGUACCGCCCUUUACUACAGUGAUUCGGCCGAGAAAGUUAUCGCACGCCUGCAAAAAGAAAGAGACGAAGCCAGAGAUGCCCUCGCUAAGAUCUCUGUUUCCUCGACCUCGAACGGCGCAAAUGGAGACGCUAUGCAGGUGGAUGGACAAGGCUUGCCUGAUGCCAUUGUCGCAAAGAUUGAACAGACGCAAACAGAGUACGUUCAAGAAAGAUUUGAACGCCCGACGCCCGAAGGCUGGGCAACCNCCGACUCCCUGCAAGCUAUGCAAUCAACCCAGAACUCAGAACCCUUGUAUCCUGGAGGCCGUUCGAUCGCCGUUAACGAGACAGGCGACCUAGCACUUGUUGGAGGCAGCGACGGUGUGGUUGGCGUCUACUCGGUAUCACAAGGACAGGUCGUCCAGACGUUGAAGUGUGGCGGUGGUUCUGUUACCGACGCUGUCUGGUGCGGCAACAAGGCUGUGGUCGCCCUCUCGACUGGCGCAGUCAAGGUCUUUGAGAACGGUGCUGAGGCUGCCAGCUUCGACCGUCAUGCUGGCGCAGCCAGUGCAAUCGCAUUGCAUCCUUGCGGAGACAUUCUGGCCUCGGUUGGUGUUGACAAGAGCUACGUCCUCUACGAUCUGCAAUCGCUUCAGCCCAUCACCCAGGUUUCUACUAAUUCCGAACUCACAACUGCUGCAUUCCACCCAGACGGACACCUCUUCGCAGCCGGCAGCAACAAGGGUACAAUCAAGCUUUUCGACGUCAAGACAUCCGAGAACGUGGCCAACUUCGACUCGACCUUUGGACAAUCACCUCUUCAGACAGUGUCCUUCUCAGAGAACGGCACAUGGCUUGCGUCGGCAGUACAAGGACAGACCAGUGUCAGCGUUUGGGAUCUGCGCAAGAUGGCAGAAAUCAAGACGAUUGACCUGGGUACCGCCGUUACUGGAGUCAGCUGGGAUUACACUGGACAGUACCUCGCAGCAUGCGGACAGGGCUUUGUGGCAGUUGAGCACUACUCAAAGAGCUCGAAGAGCUGGUCAGAGCCGUUCAGAAAGGCACUGAACGCAGUCGAUGUAAAAUGGGGACCCAACGCACAGAGCUUGAUUGCAUUGGCGACGGAUGGUAGCGUCAGCAUCUUGUCUUCUUGA